CUUAAACAAUGUUCCUCAUAAACGCUACAGUUUUGCCUCCAUUGUCUUUCUCCUUUCCUCCUUGGUUCCUGUAAAAGGGAAAACCGAAAACCCCUUUUGUAUCACGACCCUCUCCGCCUCUGGCGUUACCCACUUUAUGCUUCUUCUUCAACAUUGGAUUUCAAUGUUGGACUUGUGAAGAAUAAGAAAGGGUUUCUGACUUCUUGUCCAAUAAGUUUCGAUUUUAUUUCUGUUCAAAAUAAAGUUGCAACUUCGCAUCCAAUUAUAUUGAAAUUGUUUCUUACCCAUUCACUUUGUUACCUAACAAUUGUGUAUUUUCAAUACAAUUCAAUCAAGAAUUCAGGUCUCAAUAAUUUAAUCCUAUGAAGAAGGGCAAAGAAUAUAAGAGAAGAUUGGAAAGUUUGAUUGAGUUGGAUAAAAUUAGCGAGACUAGGGUUCAAGAUGUAGCUUGGCUCUGUUCACUUUCACAAUCUGAGAUUGAUAUGCUGAUUAGCUUGAAAUUGUUGAUAAGUAAGCGAGCAACAAAGAUAGGAUGUAAGAAAUUGGCUGAUCAAUUUGACCUUAAGAUGCUUCGAGGCAUUGCAUUUGUUUUGAUGGAAAAUCUCAAAGCAGAGAUAAAAGACUCAUCUCUUAUACCAGAUAUGGUGAAAUCUUCUGAUUUUUUAGAUGCGUGCAACCUACUGAACUGUAAUAACGAGGUUUCUUCAACUGUUGAAGAGCUAAGUACAAGUGUUGGUGCCGAUAUACAACCAAUUCUUCAAGGACAUGUAAAUUCACCAGCUUUUAAACGAAAGAAGCAUAAAGUUGGUCGCACCAAUUUCCAAACGAAAGAAGCCGAAAGUUGGUCGCAGUGAGUAAAAGAUUUUGCUCUUCAAGGAUGACUUGAAGGAUUUAGCUUAUGAACUUUGCUGGGGAAACACUGAUUUUGAUUUUUGAGUGACCUUAUUGGCUAAUAUACACAUGAGUGUUUUAAUUUUCGAUAAUCUUUGCUGCUAUUUGCAUGACAGAUAAAUAGUUUGAGCAUAUAAGUUGGAUGAAUUUAGAAAGCUGUUGAAAGAAUGUGAGGCAAGUGCACGAGUCCAUGCAUAAGUGGGUGGGAUUUUAGGAUAGAAUUACUUAGGAUAAAUGAAUAUUCUUUCAUAGCGUUUGGUUUUAGGAUAGUUACUUUAGACUACCUGAUGUUGACAUUGAUCGAAUUGUCUUGGCAAGAUCAGAUAUUAUAUUUAUUGAAGGGAGGACAAGCUUUAGAGAUUGCUAUUGCUGUCUCCAUAGAUUUUGGGAAGAAAAAAAGUUUAAUCUUAAGAUAUGAUUUCCUUCCAAA